CUGGAUUUCAACCAAUGAGCAGACACGUCAAAUGGACGCAUGGUUUUUUUUCUACAAUCCUGUUGUAAAUAAACGAAUGACAGAGACGUUGGCGACAGUUUAAUUGCGACCGAAAUACCGAAUCGAUACGGAAACCGAUUACUCGACUGCUUAUCAAGGCUGCUGUGGCUAGGUUGAUGUCAUUCCUACCAGCCAGUUUGCUGCCAGCCACUGGAGACAGACACAGGUCGCUUGUGGCCAAUGCCACCGGCUCGACCUGCCCGAGAGAAGUGGACUGUCAACCUCGAGAAGAGCUAGAGAGUUGGCCUCAGCAGAUCCCUGUUGUCCCCACCUGGCUGUCGGACUGAAGAGGGAGAGCCUGUGGAUCCACCUGCAGUGAAAGUUGUCAUGUCGGAGUUAAAUAAGGAGGUGGUGGAUCUGGUUUGGGGGAGACCCUCCAGUGGAGUAGUGUCUGCUUCUAUCUUCCGCAGAUGGUCCCAAGGAUUUGUUUUCAGUGAGAAUGAGCACACAGCUCUGGAGCAGUUUGAAGGAGGCCCAUGUGCUGUCAUUGCACCUGUCCAGGCUUUCCUUCUCAAGAACAUUAUCUAUAACAGAGAAUGUUCCAACUGGAGACAGAUGUCAGAGGGGGAGCAGAAAACAGCCUUGUGUUCCACACUGAGUGAAAUCUUGGAGUCGGCCUGUUCCAGCCCCUCCACAGGCUUCUGCCUGGUGACCUGGGCAAAGGGACAGAGCCCACACACUAGCACACAUACCAAGACACAGUCACAGUCACAAACGCAGGACGUGCCAGAGAGCAGCCAGCCGCCAAAGGAGCAGCCUCCCACUGCUCUGGCUGCUGAGGAUCUUGGCUUUGAGCGAUUUCACAGUGUUAUUCAUAAGCGGACUGUCAUGUCAGUGUCUGAGCUGAGAGAUGAGGUGCUGUCCCUCCACCAGACCUGGGGAGGGUGCUGUGGAGUCUUGCUUUUCCUCUACUCAGUCAUCCUGACCAAGGGCAUAGAGAACAUACGAAAUGAGAUCCAGGACACAUUGGAGCCUCUUAUUGACCCUGUGCAUGGUCAUGGCAGUCAGAGCCUGGUUAACCUCCUUGUUACUGGCCAUGCAGUCUCUAAUGUCUGGGAUGGAGACAGGGAGUGUUCUGGCAUGAAGCUACAUGGUAUUCAUAAACAGGCAUCAGUUGGCUUCCUCACACUCAUGGAAUCUCUACGCUACUGCAAGGUCGGGGCAUUCCUCAAGUCUCCAAAGUUCCCUAUUUGGAUCCUUGGCAGUGAGACCCAUCUCUCUGUGUUUUUCACCAAGGAGAUUUCCUUGGUAGGCCCGGAGUCUCCAUCAGAACAGGCCAGGAGGGUCUUCCAGUCAUUUGAUCCUGAAGAUAAUGGCUUCAUCCCUGAGUCUCUGCUGGAGGAUGUGAUGAAAGCCCUUGACCUUGUCUCGGAACCCGAGUAUGUCAGUCUGGUGAAGACUAAGCUGGAUCCCGAGAGUUUGGGCAUAAUUCUUCUGGGCCCGUUCCUGUUGGAGUUCUUCCCCCAUCAGGAUUCAGGAAUCCCAGACUCAUUUCCCGUCUACCACUACAAUGGACUCAAACAGUCCAACCACAACGAGAGGGUGGAGUAUGUGGAAGGGACAACCUUGGUGCUAGGUUUUGAGGACCCCAUGGUUCGGACUGACGACACUCCCGUCAAGCGCUGCCUACAGACCAAGUGGCCCUACAUCGAGCUGCUGUGGUCCACUGACCGCUCCCCGUCACUGAACUAGCACUGACUGUCUGUGUGUGUCUGUGCAGGUGGAUAGACCACUACUGCUUCAUGCGCACAACGCCCCCCCCCCUGCAUCCCCUCUUUACAUUGACUCCGCCAGGUCGCCAGGUUGCAAAGACUCCGACACAUAGAGAACGCACACACAGCCACACGACAACAACAAACAGAAGAAUGAGAAAACCCACAGACGUACACCGACACGAGAUGGAGACAAACACUUAGACAGACUACACAUCCACGCUUGAGAUCUAUUCUUUGCCUUCUAACUUACAUUCCACACAAAUUCACAAACUCACCUUUACAGUACACAAAGGCAUUUAUUUUCUACAGCUCUGCUCUGUGCCGACACCUCUGCUACAGUUCAGCAGUAGACAGCGAGACCUUAUUUAGGGAGCAGGCUGGCGAUGGUUCGAAGACUAGAGUGUUUCACUAAAUCACGUGCUGAACCACACGUACAGCCAGUCGACUGAAACACUACUGUUACUGCAGCUAUAGGACUGUUUGAGGGAAAACCUACCAAAGCCUUCCACAUAGGAGAACACAUUAACAAACACACACACAGACACAGACUCACACACACACACACACACAGUCACAGCUACUGAUAAGCGUUUACAGUUUAAAGGGACCAACCCAGACGCAGAGACCCCUGUGAUAAUGAGCAGGGGGAUUCUUGAGUGUUUUCACCCAGAUGGUUUAGUUGCUCUCUGUGAGUGUGUGUGCUUCAUGCACCACACUGGGAUGUUGGCCAAGUGUUCAUGUAUUUAUUAUCACACACACAAGGUUCUGUAAUAAACACUUUUUUGUUCA